UCCAGGCUGCUUGGGGAAUUCACUUUGCCGCUUCUCCCUCUUGAGGCUUCUGAUGGCUUUUUACCUCCGGCCCUGUCCUUUUCUUUAAAAGGAAAACUUCACUGAGAUUUUUCUUUCCCCUUGGAGGAGAGGAUUAAAAGUUGUCAGAACUGGUGCCGCCCGUGCCGCUCGGGCGCUGGGACGCCGUUUGCCGGCGGGGGUUCCAGUCCUACCAUGUGCACCAACAUAGUUUACGAGUGGCUGAAAGCGCUGCAGCUCCCGCAGUACGCAGAGUCCUUCGUGGAUAACGGCUACGAUGACCUGGAGGUGUGCAAGCAGAUCGGGGACCCGGACCUGGACGCCAUCGGGGUGCUGGCGCCCGCGCACCGGCGCCGCAUCCUGGAGGCCGUGCGCCGGCUGCGGGAGCAGGACGCCGCCGCCGCCGGCCUCUACUUCACGCUGGAGCCGCAGCCGCCGCCCGCGCCACCCGGGCCGCCCGCGGUCGCCGUCCCCACCCGCCGCCGGGGGGAGCCUUGCGGCGGCCAGGCCCAGGGCCCCCGCGGGGACCCCCGCAGCCAGACGACCGCCCCUCGCGGCAGGGAGCUGGUGAGCUACCCGAAACUGAAGCUGAAGAUCAUGAUCAGGGAUAAGCUCGUCCGUGACGGCAUCCACCUGAGCAAGCCCCCGUACUCCCGCAAGGUCCCAAUGGCUGGCAUCCUAGAGUUCUUAAUGAAUUGGCCGAAGUCAUCACAGAACCGCUAGAUAUCAUUUUUGAGAACUCGUGGAGGACUGAUGAGGUGCCUGAAGACUGGAAAAGGGCAUAUUUAGAACCUUCUUUCAAAAAGGGAAAUGGAUGAUGACCCUGGAAAUACUCAUCAGCCUAACUUUUUGCUUGGAAAAAUUCUGGAAUAAUCAACUUAGUACACUGGGUAACAAACUUAUAAUAGCUAGACAAAAGGCAGUGAAAUAUCACACAUAAAGAAGUACUGAGUUCAUUUUUUAAAGACAUACCAUUGUGAGAUACAGUCUUCUACAUAUUUUGGGAUUCCGCCCUCGGUACUAAGAAUUCUUGCUGAAAAUAAGUGAGGUUGGCUAAGGCAUUUGGGUACUGACUAAUUUUAAGUGGUAAUACAAGACAAAAAGAUUUCUGGCAAUAGCUAGAAAUUACAUCAUUUCCAAAUUAGCCUUUAACUUGAGAAUAGUCAU